UUAUCCAGUUCUAAUUUUUUCCGGUCAAGUGGACCAUCAAGGCGUCCAGUUGUCUCAAGCAUCCGAGACCCAGUGAUUGCUGGGGGUGAACCUGACCUCUCCGGCACUCGGACAAAAGAUGCAAGUCCGGGACCAUUGCGUAAAGUAUCCAGUGCUGCACGGAGGAGUUCACCAGUUGUGUCCUCAGAUCACAAGCGCAGCUCCUCUAUCAAAAACGCCAAUAUAAAGAAUUUAGAGUCCACCGUCAAGGGAAUAGAGGGUUUAAGUUUUCGAUGAUGAGGGACUGCAUUAGUAGCUGCGCUUUGUCUCAGUUCUCUGUUCACUGUAAAUUUUGGCACACCAACUUGGGGAAGGAAGAGUGCUGAUAUUAGUUGCUGCCAGGAAGUACCAUAAAGCUGAAUUAUACAAUUAAAAUUUGGGAUGCAUUUGCAAAGGCACAGUUAAGGAUAUGAUGGGGUUGCAGAGCCAAACUCACAGAUCCCAGUUUAUGCUUGUCCAUACAGUUGUAUGCACUUUCCAUAUUCUUUUUCAUCUCUAUCUCUUGCUUGUUCUUGUUCUGCCGUGGUAUUCUUGUUGAUGUCAUGUUGUGAAUUAUGAAGAUGGUCAUGUAUAAUUGCCUCCAAAUGAUGUAUUUCUUUGUUUUAAACAUGAGCAAACUGUUCUUUGUUCAAGCUACUUUAAUGUCAGUCGAUCACUGCGUGGUCAAUUUAGGGGUCUUAGCCGGUGAUUCGGGCCGUUUCCCUCUCGACGAAGAAUUGUCAUAUUGGUAUUUGGUUGAUAUUGGCC